AUUUUCAACUUUAUUUUAUAAUUCUAUUUCCGGUGUUUUCUUGGAUCUGCGACUGAUAUCAACCUAGAAGGCUAGAUCAGGAAAUGUUAACAAACGAAGAUGCAUCAAAGCAAGGGGCACCUCCAUCAUAUGAAGAAGCAACAUCUACCAACCCCACCACUGGUGGAACACAACCCCUCCAGGGUUACACUCCAGUCCAGGGAGGAUACGGGGGACCCCCUCCAGGAGUGCCACCUUACCCGGGGAAUUCUGAGGGAGUAGGAGGGUUCACCUAUCCACAGUAUCCCUCAUAUCCAGCCAACUAUCCGGCUAACCAGUAUCCUCCCCCUUCUGGAUAUCCAGUCACAAACACAACAGGAGGCUACCCAGGUCAGACAUGUGGGGGACAGUAUGGCCAAUAUGGUCAAACACCGCAGUUUGCUGCUGAUAUGGAUAGACGGAUUAGAAGAAGGAAGAUAAUUUUUAUGACCAUCUUUAUUUUCAUAAUGCUACUGGUGAUAUUUGCAGUGACGAGGUGGUUUCUAACAUAAGAUCAAUUUAUUGCAGGAGCUCAGGACAAGAUUGGAAAUGUAAACAAAGGCAGUGUUAUAUAUUUAAUGAUCUGAGAAGAACUUUUCAUCAAGAUUUGUUUUUAAAUCUAGUAUUUUGUAUAAAUUCUAUUGUUCUAAUGAAAUUGAGUUUUUCAGAAUUUUAUCAAUUUUACUUUAUUUUGGAUAUGAAAUGAUAAUAUUUUUUAACUUGUAUUAGAUAGAUGAAUUCUGAAACGAGACCAAACUGACACAUAGUGGCUACUUGCAAGUGUCUUCAUAACACCCGUCUUUAAUAGCAUUACAUUUGUAUUAUGCAGAGCAAGCAUUAUGAAACAUUGGCUUAAUUCACCAAUUAAUUAAUCAUAAUUUCAAAACACUGAAUUAACUCCAUUUUGCAACAGAAUAAACUAAGUAUUAUUCAAAGAAACAAAUUAUGUGCCUCACACUACAUAUUUUCAUGAGUUAUAGGUAACAUUUGGUGUUUGAACAUUUAUCAUUAUAUGUUAUUUCAUAUUCAUUUUAUUGUUUGUUAAAACAUCGUAAAAUGUUUCUCCAAAAUAUGCAACAAGUGACCCAUUACAUGUGCUUCAGCUUGAAGCAUGUCUGCAACUAGUGUGGUGGGUCAUUUUUACAAACUCUUUUAUUUUGUCCCCCCUCCCCCUUGUGUUUUCCUUGUUUUAAAUUAUAAAUUAUUUUCCCAAAGGUGAUUUUAUUUUAAUUUUGAAUAUUUUUAUAUCUACGUGUAUGAUGUACACAAAUGUGCAAUUGUUUUUACACUGUUCUUUACUGUGGUAUUUUUACUUUAUAAGUAAUGUAUGUGAAUAGAAUUGGUUGGAUUGUGAUGCAAAAUAUGUUGAUUAACUGUAAUGUCCUACUGUUGAGCCUUUAACACUUUUUUCUGUUGUGUUUGACCUUUUAUAUAUUUGAAUCUAAUCUAAUACUAUUGUGUAUUACCUUUUAUAUUUAGAAUCUGAUCUACAUACUAUUACUUGUGCAUCUGGCUUGCUGAGAUUCAGUUCAAACUUGACCCUGACCUUUGGCCUCUAAUUUAAAACUUCACUUUCUAGUCAGUUUUCUUAAGAAACUACAAUUGUUUCUUAAUUUUCAAUUUUUUAAAAAUAACUUGGAUCUGUAGAGUCCUGAAUAACAUACUCAUGCCAUGAGUCUUAAAGAAAAGGAUAAGUUGUUGUUUGUUUGUUUGUUUUUUAAACUGGCAAUAAGUUUAGAAAUAAAUAAAAAUACUAUUUAUGCAUGUAACUUCAAAAGACAUGCAGUCAAACCUUGUUAUCUCAAACAUGAUAUGGGUAGGACAAACUUCAAAAUAUCCUAGAAUUUCUGAUAUUGAGAUAUGAAAGUGCCCUUCAUACAAUUUGAGAUAUUGAUAUUGUAGGCACUAUUUGUGUACAUGUAUGUCAAUAACUUUGAAUUAAACUUGUCUAAUCCAGAUGUUAUGCAUUCCUAGAUCUUGGCCUAUAAGGACAAUUGUUUCAAAUAUUGUCAAAUUCAGAAUGUUAUUAAAUUUGGCCAAUUUCUAUGGAUCCAUUGAUAUUAGGAUUAAGCAAGAUUUAAUUUGCACCAUUUUGUAAAAUGAAAGUUUGGUAAUUGUGUAAAAAUUUCUAAAACUGUAAACAGAAUUAAAUUAAAAUGACAUAUCAUAUUGUAUUUUCAAAGAUUUUUAAAAAAAAAAAAUUAAGUAAAAAAAAACUGUGUUAUCCAGAGAUCUUUAUGAAAUCAUAUUGAUUAGGGUUAAAUAUCAUAUUGUAUCUCAUUUUAUGUAAUGUUUGCUUUAUUUAAUGACAUAAUGUGUAAUUGUGAUAAUAAAUGAAUGGCUUCGUUUAAAUACAUGUAAUGCCUUUUUUUAAAUCAAAGUUUCGCCCCCUUACAACAUGAGUUGCAUGUAAUUACGUUCUUUAUUUUUGUUUGAUACAUUCUUCUUAAAAAAUGUGUAAUAAUGAAAAAAAUUGUAUAUAUUUACUCAUAUAUCUCAUGAAUUUAUCCAGAUAUGUAAAAAAUGGCCAAACAAUACACCCAGAUAUAACUUGGGAAAUAAAAAUAAAUGCACAA